AUGGACGACGGCGGACAGCACCAUGGAUUUAAACUCACCCCUGAACUCAUCGGCCUAAUGGGCGUUGCAGCCGGAGCCAUAAUCGUCGCGACGUACCAAUGCCUUGUCAACCACAUUUGUUGCAGCCAAAUGCGCGUAGAAUACAACAUACAACAAGAACAAACACAAAAUGAACAUGAACAGCGUCUUCAAGGGCAUCACGUCAACCAAAACCUCAGAUCAACAACUGCACACAGCGUUAACUCGCCCUCCUACGAUCAGUUGAUCCCGGUUUUCAAGUACACCAAGGAAUGCAGAGAAGGAACCUGCGCCGUUUGUUUGUGUGAAUUUACCGACGGCGAGAACAUCCGUUUACUGCCGGAAUGUGUGCACUUGUUUCAUGUGGGGUGCAUUGACAUGUGGCUCAGCUCACACUCUAACUGCCCUCUUUGUCGAACUGAUAUUAUUCCUAGACGAGCACCGCAGCACGUUGUUCCUCCUCCGCAAGAUGUUGUGACUCCUCCUCCGCAGAAUACUUUGCCUUCACCACAACAUGUUGUGAUAUUGAUGCCAAAUUUCGGCGCGGUUCAUAAUAUGAGUACUUGA